GCCCGGGCUGGGAAGGACGCAACAGGCUCCGCCCCCUUUGCCUGCCUACGUCCCCUCGUCCUCCUGCCGGUUCCGUCAGACUCUGCGAAAGCCCUCCCGCCGGGCCCGCCCCUCUCCGCCAGGCCCCUCCUCCCGGUCCUGCGCAGAACCGCCCGACAGCCCGGCCAGCUAGCCAUGGUAAACCUGGGCCUGUCGCGGGUGGACGACGCCGUGGCUGCCAAGCACCCGGGACUGGGGGAGUAUGCUGCAUGCCAGUCGGAAGCCUUCGUGAAGGGCCUUUUCACCUUUGUCACAGGCACCGGUGCGACCUUGGGCCUGCAGAUGUUCAUUCAGAGGAAGUUUAAGUACCCCUUUCAGUGGAACGUGCUGGCGGCCCUCGUUGCAGGCUCAGUGGCCAGCUACUGGGUGACCCGAGUGGAGUCACAGAAAUGCAGUAACCUCUGGCUCUUCCUGGAGACAGGGCAGCUCCCCACAGACACCGGCACAGAUCAGCACAGCUAGGAGAGUUCCAGCCAAGGCGCAAAAGACCUGGAGCUGGAGAGUUCUAGAACACAGCCCUCAGUGCCUCCACACCGCAGGCUGGCCCUCCCCCCUCAUAGAGGCCCUGCCCACACCCUAAGGUACCCCAGCCAUGUCCACUGCUCACAGGUAUGGCCAGACCUGCCAAGCCCACACAGUCGGCUGGGCCCUGCCCAGGAGGUCAGACCCAAGGGCCACUGCUGGAUUGGUCUCCUGUAGGGCAUCGAGAAACGUGGUGGACACAGCACAGCUCUGGGACACGUGGUGGGGAGGAUUUCUGGGGUGCUCACACUCCCUUUCUGGCCCUGCAUCCCCCACAGUCAGGUGACACAUGCUGCUGGGGUUGUGGGACUAAUAAAUGCCUUGUUCUUUUUCCCA